GCAGGAUGUGUGCCUUUCCGUGCGGCUCGCGAUCGUUGCUCACGAUCCUUGUGUAUCCUUGAUGUGGAUUUCUUGUCCUCGCGUGAAAAAUAAGAACUCGAAUGACGAUUUAAGGAUCAGCGACGUACGACGACGCAGUGAAAUCGUACGGGAUGAAAUUUCGCUAACGUGAGAUUCGAGCUGUCACCUUAGGUCUGAGUGCGCGCGACCGUUGUUUAUGGAUACAAUCCAUUCGAUCGCGACCAGUUGCCAAUUAACGAGUCAGGAUAACGCUGUAAGGAUAAAGGGGCAAGCCAGGUAACGGAGGUUAUUUCCCGCGAAACUUGGACGCAAACCCGCGCGAAUCCGCUUCGUGUGAAAUGUGAUGUUACUUACAAAUCGAAGACCAUGUUACUUUCCACUAAUUUGGAGCGGUAAUUCCAAUAUUUCGCAAAUAAACAGAACUGAUAUUCUUUUGAAUGAAUGAAGAAAUCUGGAUCUUCCUCUGUAAGCUAUGGACACUCUCAGCCUGUAUACUUUGUUUAAAACAAACAGCCAUGUAGGAGUUCGUAACGAAUCAAUGUCUAGUCAAUAUAAAACGGCGAUAAAAAGAUAUCAGAGGUUAUACGUGAAAUAAUGAUGUUAAUGAUGAAAUUCCCGUCACUGUAUUUAUAAAGAAACUGGCGUGAGAAAUAAUUGUACAUAUAAGUAAUGUCCAAUUCUAAGGAGAGUCCUGAUCACAGUCAAGUGGAAACGAAAUUACCAUCGUUGUCUUUGUAAAAUCGGCAUAAAUAUUUGUAUAUACUCGCAAUGUCGAACCCUAAAAAAAUUCCUGACCCUAGUCAGAGGGAGCCCGCAAUGCUAGACGAGCAACCGCAAGCGACGGUAAGGAAAAAAGGAGGAGACAGGGUGCAACCCAGGUGUAAAUUGGACUCACACGGUUGCUUAAAUCUUCAAGAUAUUUUACUGAUAUUCGAUAGCCCUGUUAGUCAGGAACGAGCAUGGGCGUUGUGCUAUCAGACGGCUAAGAGUUUGUCGGGCUUAACACAGAAUAAAUUCUAUGAGAUAUCAGAAUUCUCACAAAUUGUGCUUCACAAAGACGGAAAUGUACGGCUUGAUAACUUAGCAGGCUCUAGGCAACCUCUUGUUUCUGAGGAUAAGGCGGUACUUUCGUUGGGUAUGGUGAUCUUCAAGGCCUUGGAUUUUGGUUCUAAUGCAGAAGAAGAAAUAGCUUUGUCACCGGAUUUAGAAGCUCUUAUUACAUUGAUGACAAAUUGUAAUCGAGUAGCACCGGAAGGCGAUGUUGAGGGACGCCUGCAGGAAACUGAUGACGAAGGCAUUGAACGAGACUCGGGCGAUACCGAUGCCGAUGACGAUAUGAUGCCGAAAACUGCCGAGCCGUACACUAGUAGUUCCGUAUGUACCCUGAAGACCGUUCUCCAAAUAUGUGCGCGGCACGUGCAUGAAGAUGCCGAUAAUUAUUAUCAGAAUGUGAUACAAACGUUCGUGGAGGAGGCCCUUAAUCUCUCUCAGUUUCUCGAGAAGGUGGUUGUUGAUAAACAAUCACAAGAUUUCUUCAAUAUGAAUGGGACUGAACAUAGUUCGACCUCGUUGCAAAAUCUCGACGCGUUAAAUUUCAAUGAUUGGACGGACGUUAGAAUUUGGAGGGCCAUACAAGCCAGAUUUUGGGUUCAAGUUAUCGGCGAAUUGAGACGAGGAGUAAAGUUGAAGAAAGUUGAAGCUAAUAUGGGUUCUCGUGCUUUCUCACGUGGACAAGGAAGAAGUCCGGACUAUAAGCUCACUCCUUACGAGAUUCUGAUGGACGAUAUCAGGGAGAGACGAUAUCACCUCAGAAAGACACCGCCCACAUCUUCGAGGAAAGAUGCGCAUGCCAUUAUCCUCGAGUUCAUUCGCAGUCGCCCACCGCUUAAAAAGGCCUCGGAGAGACGAUUACGACCGUUACAGAAGGAAUGCACCCUGAGGGAAUUACUCAUGGAGAGCAUAAAGAAGCCUCCAAAGCCCUUAAGAUCAUCUUGCUCGAGGCAGAGCACUGUGAAAAUUGAAAAAACAUCACUUUGCGACGCAGGCGGCGUGUCUCGCAUGAUAGUCCUCGGGGAGGUGCCGCCGUCGCAGCCGGAGCAGGAGCAGGAGUCCGCGCAGGAUGUUGCGGCCCAGUGGCUGCAGCCGGAGGAUCAGAAGACGGCGGCGCCGGGUCCUGGCGGCCUGGCAGCACCAAGCCGCAGGAAGCAGGACGUCCCGCCGGUGCCGCAGCCACGGCAAAGGAUCGCCAAGGACCGACCCGACGUCAGGGUCGUGCCAGCUAGGAAUCGUAAGUCGCGUAGAAGGCGCAUUACGGUCGCAGAUGUGACACACAACGGAGAAGGUACCAAGGAAUACGAACAGUCGGCUACCCCGAAACCACCCGGGAGGAACUUGGACGUGUCGAGCGCUGCCAGGCGGCCCAAGAAAGUGAUUCCCGUGGAUUUCGACCUGAAGUUGGACGCGGAAGACGACGACGACGACGACGACGACGAGUAUUACAACGAUGAAGAUUUCGCCGAGACGAGGUUCGAGGAGGAGGAUGAAGCUUCGAAUUAUUGGCACCUGAAGGAUUACACCUUCGGUGGCCGGGGUGUGCGAAACGGGCACAAGGACCAUGAGCAAAGGGACGACGACGAGGCAGGAUCGGCGAAUCCCUGGCGGAAGACUGGCGGGCUUCGUUUGACUAGGAAUGAGUACCACCGAUUCUGCGAUGCUCAAUUAGAAUCUUACGAUUUGGCGACGCAAUGUCCUUCCCGGAGAGCGUCCGCGAAAAGGCAUUCUGCGAAAUGUACUAUACCAUUAACGUCGCUCACGGGUACAACGUCCUUACCGCAGUCGCGGCCGCAGAGUCGGCAGCAUGCCGGUCUCACGGAUUCAUCGUUGAGCCAAGGGCCGAGCCCUAAUAUCAGUCUGAACCCCAGCCCGAGUCUCAGUCCGCAGCCACGAGCGAGGCAACCGCGACGGGCGUACACGAUCGCCGAGGGCAAAGACGAGAAACCACCUGCCGAAGAAUGGGAGGAUGAUGCCGAUCGAAAAGCGACGCUCGGGGACAUGCUGUUGGAUGAAAGGCUCUCGUUGACGUUGGACGAGAUCGUUCACAUCCGCAGUGUCCUCACGAAGGCCGAACUGGAGUCCCUCCCCGUAGAGGGACGCGUGAAAGAAGACGUGGAGAAACGCCGUGUUUGCUUCCUCUGUCUGAAAACACGCUUCGGUCUCUUGGGUCCCUGGGGCCAACGUUGUCGCUUGUGCAAGAGGACCGUCUGCGUAAAAUGUUAUUCAAAAAUGCGGAUACCGACGGAGCAGUUCGCCCGGGUACCGGUCGUAUUACUUUCCCCUGGACUGCUGCUCUCACCUACGGAAACGGAAAGUAGCGGCGGCGGCGGCAAGAGUACCUGGUUGAGGAACUCAGGCGCGGUCGGCUCGGCACCGGCCUCUCCCGCGUCUAGACGAAAGGACUCCGCAAUGCGCAGCGGCACACCAGCUUCAACGCCAACGACGACACCUGUCUCCGCCCUGACGCCGAUGUCGACACCGCCCUGUCACGCGCGUCGGGAAGUAGAAAGUCAAGGAAUGGACAAGAGAUGCUACAAGGGCAGCGGCAGCCCCGCCGCCCUCUCGACCACGAAGACGUUCUCGACGUCCAGCGGCGGGCCGACCGCCGAGCAACGUAUGGCGGCGGAGCGGCUGCGCGGCGUCGCCGUCGUCGUCUGCCACGACUGUCGUAUCAUGGUCAUUCAGAUAAUCAAGAGCUCGAGAACGACGCGCGCCACGAUACGCAACAACGUCAUCUCCCGCCUCACCCUGAACCUCUCUCCAGCGUACGUGUAAUCGUCGAUCGCCUCUCUCGAGGCUUCCGUCAGGAAGUUCCGGUGUUUGUUUUCCACGCGUUUACCUUGUUCCCGAACGCAUUCCGCAUCGGCAACGAGAACAAUCGCCGCGACUUGAAAGUGUCCCCCUCGGCGAGGAGGAAACGGCGUUUGUUUUCGUUGUGGGAUACGAGAAUACAUUCAUAUGAAAUGUGGAUGUGUCUAAGAUGCGGUACAUAGUGCGCGCUACUCGAGGUGUCGAAGUCGAUAUGAUUGCGCGGAGCUUAAUUUUCAAUGGAAGGGUCGAACAAAGAAACGCGUCGAUGCGCUACAUUUCAGUUGCCCGCGAAUGAAUACGUACAGGCGCGUCAUCCGUUGAUCGGAUUGCCUUUCCCGUAUUCAGAUUCGAGCUCGGCGAAAUCGCAUAGGUUCCGACGAACAGCUCUGAUGGAUUAUUUAAGGAGCGGAUUUGCUUUAACGCGUUGAGACACUUAUUCCGAAACUGAAAAAUUUCCUCUCCUUUUAUUUCCCUUAUACUGCACAAACCGAAAUCGGAGUUUCGAAGAACCGAAGGCAGUAUGUACUGUUUUUGUAAGACAUUUAAAAUGCUCUACUUCUACAAAUGUCUUUGGCUUUUGCACAGGAAAGUUCUUUUUUUAUCGUAAACUCUUCUAUGUCAUAGGAUGUGAAAAAACCCGUUAAGAUUAAAAGCUCCAGUAAUUACAAAUUCAAAGACUUAAGAAUCUAUGAAUUUGUAAGUUUCAGAUGACCAACUUCUUCGCGCAUAAGUUAAAAACAUUUUUCAGGAAGGGCAUUGCGUUACUUUUUGAUAGGACAGGAGUUCCAAUCCGCGAGGCAUUACAUAAUGUUAAUUUUUUCAAUUGAAUCGUAUUGUAUCUUGCAUGUCCAUAUUUUAUUUGAAUAAACUUUUGUGAUUUAGUAUAUAUAUUAUUUAUUGGCACUGGAAUUCUCUCAGAAUACUUUUAAAGUGCCUGUCUCAAACAACGUUGAUCUUGGAUAGACAAAAAAAGAAAAUAAAAUUUCGAAUUAUAUAUAGUUUACUUGUAUUAUUUUUCUACUUGUAUUAUUUUUUCUCGUUUUUUGUAAAUAUAAUAUAUUUAUUGUUUGUUAUUUAUAUCAUGAUCGAAGUACCAAAGAAUUUGGGAUCCAAGCAGCUAAAGACCUAAGAGAAUUACACCUAAAGAUUUAUUUAAUACAAAACGAUGCACAUCUCUAAGACUUUCAAAAUAUCCAAGGAUCUGAGGAUAUGCAAGAAUUUAAAAGCUUGAGCGUGUUUCUAAGAGCGUAAACCUGAAGUAAGAAUCUCGAGAUGCAAGGAUUCAAGGAUUUACGAAUUGAACAAUCCGAAGUUCUCUAUACAUGUAAAGGGUUAAAAAUCUGAGAAAUCAAAGAAAGAUUAAUAGUCGGAAGUGUAAAAACUCGGCAUUUGGAAUUAAGCAGUUGAAAACGCUACGCGUAUUAUAGGAAAAUUUAGGAUACGAAGAUCCGCAUUGUUUCCAUAAAACUGGCUUUUUACAAAAGUCCGCCCUUUUCCCCGCAAGGCAUCUUUGAUUUCCAAGGUUGUUGUUAGCAACAAAUUCGAGUCCUUCGUGCCAUAAAAGAUUGACCGCAUGAAUGCUUCAUGGCACGAGUUCUUAAAUAAAUAGAAAUCUUUGGAUAUUCUCUUCGCUUUUACAUAUCUUUGGAUUCUGAUGUGCUUAAUUAUACAAAUCCUUGAUACCGUAAGUCAUUAACAUUGUAUAUUCUUAAUAUCGCGGAGAUUCAUGAGAGCGAAAAUCUUUGGCUGCUUACUCAUAUAGAUCCUUGCUUUCCAUCGAUUCUCUUGUUUCCCAUUAGUUUCGCGAGGUCAAAAGUCCCAUUCUUAGAUGGGGCCCCGAUUACAUACACGUGAAUCCAUUAGAAAAGAAAACCAAAUCACGAUCCACCUUUUGCAAUCUCCGAUUUUGUUUCUCAUUAUCGACACCAAAUAUUACAGGUUUAUAGAGAAUGGUAAUAUGUAACGUUAAUUUAGCUUUUAAUAAAAUAUACAAAAUUGCGAAUACAAAAGUUAAAGUAUGCGAUAUCGUUAGCCAUUUUAGAAAUGGAGGCAGAACCAAGUGGGGACGAGCCUUAUAAAAAUAGUGAUCGAUGAUAAAUGGGUAAAUCGCGUAGAGUGCAAUUCUUAUUGUAAAAUAUUACCGUUGAUCUUCCAUAUAAAUGAUAACGCAUUUAAGAAGUGUAUUUAAAAAUUAAACUGUAUUCGUCACUAGGGAGUAUACAAGAUAUUUCAAAAAGGUAUAUACGUAUACAUAUAAUUUAGCCGAACAUAUAUCGCAUGAAAUUCAAUUUAAUUUCUGAAAUGAGUGAGAGGAUUAAUUUGAAAUUUUUUUUUACUGCCAUUUUGAGCAUUUGGUUAUUAUUUACCCUUUUUUUUUAUAGACUAAUAGAAACACUUUUUCUCUUGAGUAUAUAUAAAUCGAUGGGAAAUUGAUUUCUACAAGUAAAAGCUCGUAUAGUAGCGUUAUGAGCGAUCUCUAUAUCAUAUUUACAUAAUCGUCAAAUUAAACGAAUAAAUUAAAUAUGGACCAAUCUUUUGCCCAGCAAAAUCAGUCGUAAACCUCUGCUAUUUGUAUGUAUCUUUUUAAGAUAUCUCGUAUAAUUGAUAAUAACGUUCGGAGAAAGGUAGAUCGAAGACGAAUGUGAAGUGGGGAGAUCGAAUAUGAAAAUUAUCGAUGCGAUUUAUUGUAACAAUAUCUCUCCUCGUGUCAGUGGAUAAGCAAAUUUAAUAGAAACGUUAGAUAAGAGGAAGAAGAAGAUAUAAAUGAAAUAGGUUCAUAUAAUGCAUGUCAAUGAGGGUCUAGGAACAAUAUCAAUUGAUCCCACGUGAUGUUAUUAAUCAGAUAUUUAGUAACAUCGAUAUCGAAGAUCGUACGUUAAUUAAUUAUUCUUACUGCACCUAAGCGCGAGAAGGAGAAAUGAAUUGUAAUUAUUUUGCUCUAGAGAGUUCUAAUUAAUUAAUUAUUAGAAUUGAUUUAUCUCACGCGCCGUUCGUACAGAUGAGCGCGUAGAGAUGUGUAUAAACGGGUUAUAUUCCAUUAAUUGUACAUAUAUAUUGUAAAUGAAUUUUUGGUUUCGCGCAUUGUAAAAUACGUACUCACACAACGAUAUUAUUUAUUUCGGGUAAUUUAUCGUUUAAGGUGCGAAUGAAGCUGAUGGAUGACGGUGAUGAUUGUUGUUCAAAGGAUGUACAUAGAUGAGAAGAUCGGUGAUCGUGAAUGAUCCUGGCCGUGAUCCUGAUGAUAACGUGGUGCAGAGUACAAAGAAGUGACAUAACGAAUUACGAAGUUCCGCUGCGAGUAACUGCGAAGUGUCUCAAUGUUAAAGCCGACAAAUGAUAUAUGAAUAAUUAGGUUGUUGUAAAAGCUUGCAAGGAUCUGAAAUCCCCAGGAUGAUUAUGCAGACGUUACGCAAAGAUCCGAGAAUUGGAGGUUUCACAGGCUCCGGAAAAAAAUCUAACGGCAUAAUGAAAGUUGUUGAAAGUGCGGAGAUAAAAAAAAGCGCGAUGAUCGAAGGAUCCAGAAAUAUCACGAAGAUCUUUCAAUUCCGAAAGCACAAUUUGCUUCAUGCACGAAAGUGAAAUUCUCAUUUACGCUGAUCUCCUAUUCUUUGAAUCCUUUUUUCUCUCUGCGUGUAUGUCUCUCUAUCUCUCUCUGUCCCUUUCUUUCCGAAUUAAAUUUAUUAUCUAAUAUAUUUAUGCAUUUUAGGUUAUAUAAAAAUAUAAAAAUGGUUUGGAGUUUUUUGAGGAAGUCGCGUGGAAUCAAAGAGAUUAUACAAAUUAAUAGAGAGAUUAGUAUCUAAAUCCUGAAACUAUGUUUAUAUAUCCUCUAACAUAUCUCUAUAUAUCCUCUAACAAUUAAAAUAUUGUCCCUUUUGGAAAAUAUCUCAUUUGACUCCUUGAUCUUGCCUCUUUGGAGAGGUGUUUUUCCAUUUCUGUAGUUCACACGACUCUCUCUUUCGAGAAAGAGGAAUCUGUAGAUAUUUUCUGAAAGAAGAGAGAGAAAUAUAUCACACGAGGGACUCAAGGAUCCAAGGAACUAGCAGUUCUGUGUAAAAUAUUGCAGGACUUUUGCUAGAACGAUAUGCGUUGCGCGCGAGCUGCAGGUGUUUUUUUUUUUCUAUUUUUCGUUCGAAUAUGCGUUUUAGGAGAAUUGUUCAAUUAGGCGAAUUAGAAUUUAUCUGUUCGAGCGAAAUGUAUUCGCUUCGUUUUGUCGUUAUUCGCAGAAGCUUAAACGAUGUAAAUUUGCAACUAUAGCCGGCUAUAAUAAUAUAAGUGAUGAUACGAUGAAAUAUAAAAACGAGAAAAAAAAAGGAAAAAUGAGAAAUAAAGAUAUCUUCGAAGUGUUAAAAUCUUCUUAUCUCAUCUUAGUGCACGUCUCUUCCGUGUCGUUUCCACCGGCAUCAGCUUUAUGUUUCGUCAUAUCCAUGUUAUUUUCAAACUUUCAACAGAUAAAUUUUUCAC